CUCUUUUCCAGAACGCGUCUUUCCAGGCCACUUCAUUUUCCUGCAAGGUUACAACCCAGGAGGAUACGCAAGGACCACCAUGGACAUCAUCAUGACCGAAGAUGGUAUUGACUCACCUCAGGGCUUGUAUUUAUCGCCUGAGGUAUGGAGUAUGAUUGGAGAAUUGAUACAAAGUCGAAGUACGCUCCUCGCGCUAAUAAGUACAUGCCGCUCUUUUUGCGAUUUAUUCACUCCGUUCUUACGUCGCAAAUUCACCUUCGAGUUGACCGCCAUUCCCUCCUCUCGGUGGCGUCGAAAACCUCUGCCGACCGGACUCCAUUAUACCCAAGAACUCGAGGUUUUGCUGGAGGAAUUUCGUGGCAAGGGGGACCUAUUUGGAGAAUAUAGCGAAUCUUGGAACUCUGGUUACGUUUCUCUGGUUGUCCGAAUACUGAAAGAAAUGAAGAAUCUUCAAUCUUUCCGGUGGAUCGAUUCCACCUAUGACGAUAAUUAUCGCCCAAGCCUGAUGCUUCGUAAUCAAGAGCUUCUUCAAGCUCUCAAGCAAUCCGCCACGAUAAAGAACAUCUCAAUUCUAUUCGCAAGUCAACAUCUGGACGAUCAAAUGGAUGCUCUCAACUGUUCCAUCUCCCUGGAAGGCUUUGAUAACUUAACCUCAUUGGAGCUCUAUAAUUUCUACGGGGAUCCAGACUCUCUCGCGGUAGAGAUUGCGAAUGUCCUCGCAGAAUGCCCAGGCCUUAAGACACUAGGCCUCGGUUUUGCUUGCGACUUUGACUGUAACGCCUCGCCAGACGUACUCAUAAUUGGAGAAGAUGAAUAUACACUGCAUUUUCUCGAGAAAGUGUGUGUGAAUUAUGCCUCCCCUACACGGGUGUCGCUAGCACUCGACACAUUGCGACUCGGCCACGGAAUUUUCCUUUCCGAUUCGGUGAUGCGAGAAUUUUCAAAGACCCACAAAUACCUUUUCAAGUUGGUAAAGCUGGAGACUCUGAAAAUUUUCUACCUCUUCAAUGGUUUGGUAAAGUGGGAUUUCGAUGAACACGAGUCUAUGGAUGUUGAUUGGGAUCAGCUGGAAGACUGCAAGUCGCUGCAACGACUAAGUGUCUCGAGAUUGGAAAUGGAUCUCGUGAGCUGGCUCACAAAUGGCUGUGGUUCUGUCGUCGAAGAGCUCAUAGUCACAGAUCAUUAUGGCAUGUACGAUGACGAUCUGGACUACUUUGAGUAUUUGCUCCCACGGCUAUCGAUGCUCUUCGUCCGGGAGAUGACUAUCGCCAGACGAAGUGGAGACGAAGCUUGGUCAGAUACAGACUCGUCAGUCACUGAUUCUUCGGAAGCAGAGAUCACCUCGGAAACGGGAACAAUAUUAGAAGUAGAAAGUUUAUUGAUACCACAAAUCCACCUAAAGCCAAGAACCCUGUCAAUGGCAGGGACACCUUCGCAGGCAGGUUUAAGGUCCGAUUCAGAAACCCCCUCUGAGGCUUGAUGAGAAUGGCGCUCAACUCACAAAGCUUGGUCUGUGCCUUGAUUUCGAGACACAAUGGGUUCAAUUUUCCUCCCAUUUGCCCAAUCUUCGACGUCUUACGCACUUGAGACUGGAUGGCAAAAGCUACCGGGGCGGUCAAUAUCCCACCAAAGCCUCAUC